AUGAUAAUUCCAAUUACGAUUACUUCUACUUUCUUAAUAAUAAUACUUUAAGUAGUUAAAAUAAAAGCUGUAGGAUGUCCUUUUAGAUUAGAUGGAUGCACAAAUUAAGACUUAAGGGUGAAACAGAUUUUGUUACUAAAAUCUAAUCCUUAAAGUGAUCUCUAAGAUAUCGCAGCUGUAGUUUACAAUCCUUUCACUGUUGGCAUUUUUAACUUCGAAACUAAUAAAUAACUCAAAGUUAUUGAGCAGUAGGAAAGUGUUGCCUUCUACUAAAUUGAUAAGGAUGACAGGCCUCAACUAUAAGCAUCAAUUAUUCAUACUUUGGAUGCGAAUGGUAGAGUAAUAACAUGGAAUUCAGGUAAUGGAUUCAAAUAAAAUGUAGUAUAAAUACCAAAUAUUAUUACAAUAUAACCUAAUUCGUGUCUUAAUUCUGAAGAAAUGCUAGUAUUAACCUGGGAUGAUACAAAGAUUUAUAUUAUUGAUUUCUCUUAAUAGUAGAACAUUCAGUAUGAUAGUUUAAAUAUCGAUACUAUUAAUAUAUUUUCAAGUUGCUUUAAUGAUAAGAUUAAUAGAAGGUUUUUAAUAAUGAAUUAACAAGGGUAGUUAUACUCUUAUGACAUAUAGAAAAAAAUCUUUAGUUUGUUAUUUCAAAUUAAUUAAUUUAAGAGCUUAUAAUCUCUUUAUCUCACCUAAAAUCAAAUAUCCAUUUCUUAUUAGUCAAGUUAAGAUUAAAAUUUUGUUACAUCUUAUAAAAAUAAUACUUUGCAAUUUAAAGCUUCGUUUUCAUAAAUAUCGACAAGUAUUUUAGUAAGCAAUUAAGAAGAUAUUUUAAUCUUAAUAGGAAAUAACAACUUAUUUACAAUCUGGGAAAUAAAAUCACAAAAAAUAAUUUAUAUCCCAGAUUUUUAAAAAAUUUAUUGUGAUUCGAGAGACUCAAAUAAUACAAAAGUUGAUGAAGUAAUAAAUUUUAAGUUUGGAUCAAUAAACUAAAAAGAUGAAGUAGCAGUAGUUUCUGAUUCUUAUAUUUUUGUGUAUUCAUUGUUAGAAAAUAAGCCAAUUCUUUUCAAAAGCUAAAAUUUAGGGUUAAGUUGGAUUUAAGCUUUUGUUGUUUAAAAUAGUGUCAUCCUUAGCCAAACUUACUCUGUUUCUAGCAUUGAUAAAAGGACGUCAAGAAUUAAUUAUCUAAUGAAUUACUUUUCGAAUGGAUAAUCAAGCUAUGAUCAACCAAUGUAACUAGAAGUUGAUUAUGAAUUAAAUAGAGUUUUAUAUAGCGAUUUCACAGGAAAUUUCUAAAUUUGGUCUUAUUAUAAUAAUCAAUAGGAGAAAAUUAUUAAAGAAUUUCGUUCAACAGUAUUUUUCAUUCUAGAUAAGUAACUUAACAGGAUAGUUUUAUACACUAAUUCGACUAGUUUGGCAAAGAUUUAAAUCUAUGAUUACCAAGAAGUAAAGCUAUUAGGUACUUUAUCAUUUCCCAACAAAAACAGCUAAUAUUUAGAUACAUUAUCAUUGUACUAAGACAAAACAAAUGGAUAUCUAUUAGGCUUCGAUAAUGCAAGUACAAAAUAUGCCAUUUACAGAUUUACGGAGGAAUCUAAUUUUCCUACUCUUUAUAAUUGUACUCUAAUUAAUAAUGGAAUUAUUACGAAUGAUAAUAUAUAUUUCUUAGAAAGCUCUAAAUAGUUUUUAAUUGAAAUAUCAAGCGUUUUGUAUAUGUUUAGUUAUUUUCCAGAUAAUGGAAAUACACUUACAAGUUACAUUGUAGCAGGAAAAAAAGUUAAAUUUUCAUACUUUUAGUAUAUCAACUCAGUUUAAACAUUGAUAUGCGUCCAGGAUGCAUCUAUACAAAUUUAUUAGUAUAGUAAUGGUCAAUUUAAUUUAUAAAAUUAAAUAAAUUAUUAUUCAGGACAAAGUAAUUCAAUUUUUUUAGCAGAAGCAUAAAACACUUUGAUAAUUUAGAGGACAUCUUAACUUUUUUUUAAAAAUUACUUAACAUAAAAUGAUUAAAUGAUAAAUUUUAAUAAUCUAUAGAUACUAAAUUAUUAAUACGACAGCUCUAAAGCUCUUUUAAUAUGUUUAGAUAGUAGCUUUAUGAUUACUGUAAUAGAUGUGUUUGCUGUAUAAUCUUUAUAUCAUAUUCAAAUAGAAGAAAAUAAAAUAGCCCUCUUCAAUAUACAAAAAGAUGCUAAUUUCAUAAUAAUUAGUUAUUUUAAUGGUCAAAUCUUAAUUUACGAUUAUUAAGCUAAUGUUAUUAUUUCUACUUACAAUAACUAUAAAUACAGUUUAAUCUUUAAGUUUGAUAAAUCUAACAAUAAUUUAAUACUUUAAUCUUAGCUGGAAGUUUCUUCAAAAAGAUUGAUAAAUCUUGGCUUAAUUAGUCAGAUAAAUUAUUCACUUUUUAAUUAUUGGAUAGAUGAAAUGACUGGAUUAACAUUUAUCAUUAGUGAUUAAAUCAUUGUUUAUAAUCCAUUAUCUUAAGAAUAUCUCCCACAAUUUUCUGUAGAUUUCGACCUUUCUUUCGCUUAUGUUUCAUAUUAUAUUCCUCAGUUAGAUUUUCUUUUGAUAGGAUUUUAAGACAACUAAGUAAAUUAAGUGUUUGUUUAUAAACUAAGCUCUUAAACACUAGUAGCUACUUUGGAUCACAAUAUUAAUCAUUGCUUCUAUACCUUUUACUUUUUUUAUGACGUCUACUCUAAAAGACUUUUUUCUGGCUGCGCAUAUCCUGCAAGUGUAAUAGUUUGGGACCUAAAUAACUUUAAAAUGAUUAAGUUACUUGAUAGCAUACUAUAAUCAUCAUUUGUCUGUUCAAUUAAAUUUUAUCCUCAAAUAGAAACUAUUUUAAUGACUGGUUAUAAUUGGUGGAGUGUAACUGUAGAUUAUAAUACACUAGAAAAAAGAUGUUAAGUUAUGGGUAUAUUUGGAGAUUUUGAUUAUAGACAUAAUUUACAAAUUUUGUGGGAUUAAAAUGGAGAUUUUCGUAUUUUUGAUAUAAAUUGUCAUUAAAUAGCAUUUUAGCAUGCUCACACUGGGUGGAUUUAAUAGCUCUUAAUAGACUAAGUAAAUAUGUAUCUGACAACAUUAGGUUAAGAUUAAUAUAUUAAAUUAUGGAGCUACUAAAAUAUUACUUAACCUAAAUUAAUAACUUAACGCUUUUUAACCUAUUCCUUAACAUAUGGUUUGUUAGAUUAUGAUAACAAUUUGGUUUUAGCAGUAGAUUACUAAGGUUUUUUAUAUAUAUUAUCUUAUCCUGACUUAAAUAUUCUCAAAGCAAUUCAAGCAAAUUUUGGUUAAAUAGAUUUUAUUUCUUUGAAUAAACCAUUUAAUCUUAUAGUUUUAGCUAGUUAAGAAACUAACAGUUUAUCAUUUUAUAAUCUUUUUGAGUUAAUUGCUCCAAAUUAAAAUGAAUUGUAUUUUAGAUAUGAAGGUAUUUUAUCUACUUUAAUGACAGACCAAGGAGUAAUAUUUCACUAGCUUGGAAAUAUAGUCUAAUUUUGGAAUUAUUCUAUUUAAAAACUAAUAUAUGGGUUUUUUGUAAACAGUUAAUUUGAAUCUUUAGAGGCAGAAAGUAGAUUUUUGUCUUUAAGUGGGUAUUAAAAUUUAGCAGUUCUUUUUACAAGGGAUUAAACGAUUUUCUUCAAUACUAUCACUUUAGAUAUAAUUAAUGUUCAGCAAUUAAAAUGUAUGAAUAGUAUUUAAAUCUAAAUAUUUUUAAUUUGCGCCUUAACUAAUAAACUUACUGUAUUUAGUCUAGAUAGCUUUUCUAUAUAUUAGUAAAUUGCACUUAAUCCUAACUAAAGCAUUAUCUAAUUGCAGUAAAUAUUUCAAACUGAUUCUUUCUUCGCGACAACUACACAAGGAGAAAUCAUUUGUUAUUAACUUUAAUCAAAUUAGAUUUUGAGCAAAUUUUAAAUAAAAAUACUAAAUCAAGCUAUUGUAAAUUAUUAAUAGAUCUAACUAAAUGAAUUUUACAUUAUUUUAGCCUCUGCUUUUGAUGGAAGUUUUGGAUGCAUUUAAAUUUCUAUAGAUUUAAAUAAUAUCAAUAAACUUGAUUUUAAUCUUCCUGGUAAAAGUUCUCAUGCUCACAAAAUUAUAUAUUUUAACAAUAAUCUUUUCAUAAAAAGGAUUUCAGACUACUAUUUGGGUGUAUAUAACAUAAACAAUCUGAACUAAAUUACUUAGAUUAAAAGUCCAUGUGUGGGUUAUACUUAUAAACUAGAUUUUAGUUAAGAGUAUGAUUUAGUUUUACAGAGCUGUAUAGGAAAUUAUCGAAUUAAUUAGUUAUCUACUUUUUAAGAAAUAGUUUAUGGUAGGUUUACGACAUAACUUAAAUUGACUAAAAAAUAUACAGACAAAUUAAAUUAGAUCAUUUUUAUCAAUAAAGAUUACUUUAUCGAUGCAUACGAUCAUUCAAUAUUCAUUUUUUAGAUAGAUUAUUAAUAAAGUAAAAUUAAUUUAAUUGGUAGUUACUAAGGAGAUAAUCCAUUAGGUUCAAUAGCAAGCUAUAAUAUAAUAAAAGAUUAAAAUAACAUAUUUAUUUAAUUGCUGCUAUAUUCUAUUGACAAAAUAUCUAAAGUUUAACUUCCAAUCUAAGGAGACAACAGCUGCAAAGAAUUAUUGUCUUAUAACUAAUUUUCAGAGGUCUUAUUCUCAAUACAAGAUGUUUAUCAGUAAAUUUAAAAUUAUUUUAAAAUCGAAGAAAUGAUAUUUACUUUAACUGUAGAUAAAUACACUUACUUAUAGCCUUUAUCUCCUUUUACCUUUUCACAAAUAACUAAGUUAAGUAUAAUGUCUGAUCCUGCCUAAAAUAAUAACUAGUCUAUUAUAGUCAGUUAAGAGCUAUUCAGCUCCUUCUAAGGAUAUGAUUAUAUAUCUUUAGAAAACUUUAACAUAUAAUCAUCAAAAUCUGAAUCAAAUAAUUAAAGUUUUAAAAUAAAUAAUUUAAACUCUUUUAUUCUCAAGAACAUUUAAUUUACAAAUCAAAGCUUGUUCUAAUUUGAUAUAAGCUUAAUAAAUACCUUAAUUUUUGAGAAUUUGUAAUUUUAAAAUAUUUAAAUGAGUAGUAAAGCAUUAGUAAAUUUAUUUAAAUUCUCUUUGAUAGAUACAAUAAUAAUUAAUGAAGUAGAAAUAAUUUAGUGUUCAUAUAAACAGAUUACCCUAUUUAAUUUUUAAGAUGAUAUUAACAAUCAAAAAACCUCUAUUUUGUUUUCCGGUUUGGUAGUAAAUAGAUCACAGUUUAAUUAUGACAAUACAUAAUUGAUUGCAGCACCCUUAUAUAUAUCUAAUUAUAAUAAAGUUGAAAUAUAAAAUUUUGUUUUAAAUUCAAAUAUUGGAAAUGGAAUAUUUUUCAUAGUAAGUAAUGUCAUUUAGAACAUAUCUAUUAAUGGAACAAGUUUGCUUAAUAAUAAAGAUAUUUUAUUUUUAUCUUAUUCUCAUAGCUUAUAGUAAACUUAAAACAAAAUAAUUUUAGUGUAAUAAAUUACUGAAGAUAGUGUUUAGUUAAAAAAUCUUAUUCUAUCUAAUAAUUUUUUUAAUAUUAGCCAACAAAAAACAAUUACUUCUAUUAUAGAUAUUAAAACUAGUAACUUGACAUUACAUUAAUGCUAAAUAUAAAAAAACAAUGCAUAAUAAAAUAACUAAAUAUCAAUAUUAAGCCUAAGCUAACUUGUAUACUUCAAUUCAUUAGACCUAAACUUUACUAACAAUCAAGGAUUUUAAAGCUUAUUAACUCUUUCAGAUUCAUUUAAUAUAAACUAAAUAAGCCAAAUGUUUUUAUAGAAUAAUAGUGGAAGCAAUUUAUUAUUGAUUGCAUAAUCUAAUUUAUUUUUUACAGAUUCUUCAGUAUUAUAAAAUCUCUCUUACGAAUCAAACUAGCAAUCAUCCGCUAUAAGUAUUCUUUCUAAUUCAUCAGUAGUAAUGAGCAAUAUUUAAUUUGAAGACAAUAUUUCUAGUAAGGGAGGAUCUAUUUAUGUAUAAAAUAGCGAGCUUAUUAUAGGGAAUAGCUGGUUUUAUAAUGACAAAAGUACAUAUGGAGGAUCUAUUUACUCUGAAAAUACAAUAUUAAGUAUAUCUAAUUCUUAAUUUAAUAAUUGUACAUCUUCUUUUGGAGGUUGUAUUUAUGCUUAUCAAAGUGAAUUUAAAGUAGACAGCAUUAAUUCUAGUUAUGCAAAAGCUAGCUAAGAUGGAGGGUUUUUAUAUAUCAAUAAUAUAAAUAGGUUUACUUUAUCCAAUUUGAAUAUAUAAUAUUGCUCUGCAUAGAAUGAUGGAGGAUCAAUUUAUAUUAUUAAUUCUGGUGGUAUUGAUUCUUUUAUCACAUCAUCAAACUUUAAUAACAACAAAGCACUCGGAAGUGGAGGAGUAUUGCUAUUAGAUAACUCUGAACUGCUGAUAAACUAUACUAGCUUUAAAUAUAAUUCAGCUGGUGUAGGUGGUGUUAUUAGGUAUUUAAAUUUAAAGCCAAGCUUUUUAUUUAAUAAAUAAAAGAACAUGAAAGAUUCUUGUAAAACCUAUAGUUUUAACUACUGUAAGUAAAACAAAGCUAUUAUAUUUGGAAAUUAAAUAGCAAGCUAUCCUACAUAUGCAUCAAUUUUCCCAAAUUACAAUUUUAAUGUAGAUAUAAGAUAAUAUCCUAACAUUACCUUUCAUAAUUUUAGAAGUGGAUUAAAUAAUUUUGAUUUAUUUAUAUAAUUUUUAGAUGAAUUCAAAGAUAUAGUUUAAUAAAUAGAUUUCUAAAAUCAAACCAAAAUAGAUUAAAUUAGCUAAAAUUUAUUGAAUGAAAUUAAAUAGUAUAGUUGUAAAGUGUAUGUUAAUCAAAAUUUUACAGAUUUGCAAUCAGAAGUAAUAAAAUUAGAUGGAUCAACUUCUGCUGAAUACUCUUAUUAUGGAUAAAAUAAAAUUGGUUGCUAAAUGAACAAUUUUAAAAUAACUGGGGUACCUGAAAGUAGUUCUUUUUUGAUGCUUUAACUUAAUGGGAUGAGAAUAACUAACAGCACUAAUUAGUUUGUAGAUCUUAAUAAUGUCUAAAUAAAAAUAGAGUUUAGAUAAUGCGAAGUUGGAGAAUUUUAUACCCAAAAUUGUGAAGGAUGCUAGUUAUAUGAGUGCUCAUAAUGCUAAAAUGGGACUUACUCUUUAAUUAAACCUGAAAAAAAUAAAUAAAUUUAAUGUAAAGAAUGUGAUAAGUCUCAAGUUGAAUCAUGCUAUUUAAGUGAAAUUAAUUUGAGAGAAAAUUAUUGGAGAACAAGCAAUUCAUCUGAUUAAAUCUAUGCAUGCAGUAAUACAUUUUAGCAAUGUAAUGGAGAUUAGUCAAAAGGUUAUUGCAAUGUUGGCUAUACAGGAGCUUUAUGUUCUGCUUGUGAUAAUUACGGAGAUUUAUGGGGAGAUAGUUAUGGAUAAGUAAUUUCCUUAGACAGUUAAAUACUUCAGUGUGAAAAAUGCUCUGAAAUAAGUCAAAAUUUUUAUAAAUAAACUUUUAUAAUCAUUUUAAUUUUAUUUUAUUUAAUAUUCAUGACAAUUGAAUCAUAAAAUAAUAAUUGUAAGAUUUGUUAAAUUAACCUCUUACAAAGAUUAAAUAUUUUAAAUAUGGGAGUCUCUUAAUACAUAUUUUAAUCAUCAGUUAUUCUUAAGAUAAUUAUUAAUCAAUUUUAUAUAUUAUCUACUCUUAAAUAUAUAAACAUAUCAGAGUCCUUUAAUACUAUGAUUUCGAUGCCUUCACUAGGUUCAUAGCAUGCAUAUAUAUUUAAAUAAUCUCUAGACUGUUUAUUAGUAUAGUUAAAUAUAAAUUUAAAACUACAAUACUUAAGAUUUAUUUACAUAUCUAUUAUACUUCCUUUGCUUACUCUCGCUUUAAUCUAUAUUUUCAUAAAAAUUAUUUUGGCUCUUUGGAUUUAUCUUAAACCUGAAAACUAUUUUUAUGAAGAUGCAAAAUAUAAUCAUAGAAAUAUGGUUAUAAGUACUUUGAUAUUAUUCUCUUACAUUACAACUUCUAAUAUAUAAUAAUCUGCUUUAGAAUUAAUCUUUUGUGAAAGAUUUGAUAAUUAAUAUUUUAUGAAAAGUCAAAUGAAUGAAAAGUGCUACACAUAAGAGCAUUAUUUCUAUAUUGCAUUUCUUAUUUCUCCAAUUUUAAUUUUAGUUUCAGUAGUUUAACCUGUGAUAAUUUUGUAUAUAUUAUACAAAAAUAUUAAGAAAGCAUCAAAUACUAAACAAUUUACUGUGAUAAGAAGAUAUGGCUAUUACUUUAAAGAAUAUAAAAAAACUAGAUGGUGGUGGGAAAUAAUCAGAAUUCAAUAAAAGUUUAUAGUAUCUAUACUUGGUGCAGUAUUUAAAAAAAGCUUUAUAACUUUAAUUUAAUCAAUAUUAUUUUGCCAAACAAUAUAUUUAUUAAUACUGACUUAUUUCUAGCCAUAUGAGGAUAGAAAGAUCAAUAGGUUGGAAAGAAAUUCUGCUAUUUUAACAUUAUUAAUAUUUUGGGUAGCUUUACUUAACUAAUAAAAUUAAGAUAAUUUUAUUUACUAAGUAUCUUUAACUUUACUGAUGCUACUUUUCAUAAUUUUAUUUGGUUUUUUGGCUUCUAGUUUUUUAGGCGUUUUAAUAAAAAGAAAUAUGUAUGUGCUAUAUAACUUCAAAUUUUUCUUGUGGUUUUAAUAAAAGAUUAAAAAAUAUACGAAUAGAUAAGAUAAAUAACCAUUUAUUGUAAGGUAUCUAAAGAAUCACCAUUUUGAUUUAUACAAUAUACUUUUCAGUGAUAGCUAAAACUAAUUUAGAGUUUUUAAAAAUUGGAAGAAAGUUAAAAAUCUUAUUUUAGGUACUACUACUAUUCAUCUAUUUUAAUCAUAGAUCAUUAAGCAAAAGAAAUAAAAAUAUAUUUAAAGUAAUAGAUUUUCUACUUAAAUCAGCAAUAUAUUUACUUAAAAGAAAUAAAACACCAUUAAUACUAAAGUAGAUUCAAACUUUAAAUUGUGGUAAAAAAUGAAAGAUAUAAAUACAUCUGAUUCUCCUAAGUAGCAAUCUGUAUAAGAUUCAACUUAGUGA